AAAUUCUACUUUUGUUAUGUCUAAACCAUCUACACUAUCAGAUAACUCUUCUAUCAAUCUCACUAAUGAACAUGUUAUUACUACCACUACACUUUCGCAAACUAAUGAUACUACUAUCACUACUUCUGUCUUACAAACUAAUGGUACCACUGCUCCUGUUUUACAAAUAAAAGAAA